AUGGAGUCAGAAACGAACGAUUCAAUCACAGGAAAAAUUCUUGCCUUAUUUCUACGUCUUAUUCAUGAUAUUUAUACAAGUCCAAUUAAUCUUAUACUUGUUGGAUUGAUUAUAGUUUUACUCGUGAAAUUAUUUUUAUUAAAACGUAAACCAACAUAUAGUGCAAGUUCAGUAAAAAUACAACCAGAAUUACCUAAAAUGCCUAAACAAGAUUUAACAGUAGAACAACUACGUACUUAUAAUGGUACAGAUUCUAAUGGACGAAUUUUGACAGCAAUUUAUGGAGAUAUUUUUGAUGUUAGUCGACGAAGUGAUUUAUAUGGACCAGGAGGAUCAUAUUCAUUGUUUGCUGGACGUGAUGCAACUCGAUCAUUAUCAAAAAUGCAAUUGACUCAAUCGUUAUUUACAGAUGAAUAUGAUGAUCUUACAGAUCUUACUGAUAAUGAACGAGCAACUGCUCGAAGUUGGCAUGAAGAUUUUCGAGAAAAAUAUGAUAUUGUUGGUCGUCUUCUUAAACAAGGUGAAAAACCAAGUGUUUAUCCAACUGAAGAAUCUACAGUUGAUAGUAGUGCUAACAAUGAUAAUAAGAAAAAUGAAUAA